AUGCUGCAUAUCCGGCACCGGCACAAAUUUAACUACCGGGUGUGUCGACUCAAACGCGACAGCAAUAUGCGACGAAAACACCUGCUUACUUGGCCCAACGCGCGAAAUCAAUUUGAACCGCGCUUUAAGCUCGACCUAGUUGAAUCGAGGGUUGCCCUAGGCGUAGUGUCGGCCCAACGCAUUCCGCAAGGAGUAUUUAUCGUCGAAUAUGUCGGUCAAAUCCUAUACGAAGAUGAGGCCAUCACCCGGGAGGAUCGCCGCUACCAAGCCGAGUUUCGUACCAUAGCCGAAUGGGUAGCGGUUCUCCUGUAUUUGUGGACUCAAAAUUGGGCGGUAGCAAAAGGAGGUUUAUCAUCUAUUCCUGCCAACCUAACUCGGCUAUGUACGAAUUCGACUGGGCAAACACCACGCGACUCGGUAUCGUCGCGAUGA